AAGGACAAUUGGUGACUUAUGAUUCAUUCUCUCUAGUUUGCAGACAGCACACAGGGAUGAACAGUAGUCCGACAGGGAGUGUUAAACUGUAGAAGCUUAUAACCGUUUAUUAAAUACAGUGAGGGCUCCUUCGAUUACCCAGAAUGCCCUGCUUGUUGCCGUCUGGCGAAGGAGUGACUGUGUGAAAAGAAUCAGUUAGCUGCCUUUGAUGCCCAUUAGGUUGUCGUUACUAUGCAUUUGUAUUGUAUGAAAUAAGAAAAAAGAGGGAAAGAAAAUAUCUGGGAAAGGCGAAAUCUGUUGUCGUCUAUACACCAAGCGAUGCCUCUCUUCACGACUAACCCCUUUGACCAAGAUGUUGAGAAAGCAACCAGUGAGAUGAACACUGCUGAGGACUGGGGCCUCAUUCUGGACAUAUGUGACAAGAUAGGGCAGUCACGCACUGGGCCCAAAGAAUGCCUCCGCUCUAUAAUGAGAAGAGUGAACCACAAGGACCCUCACGUAGCCAUGCAGGCACUGACUCUUCUCGGUGCCUGUGUCUCAAACUGUGGGAAAAUUUUCCACUUGGAGGUGUGCUCCAGAGAGUUUGCCAGUGAAGUCAGUAAUGUCUUAAACAAGGGCCACCCCAAAGUCUGCGAGAAGCUGAAGGCCCUGAUGGUGGAGUGGGCGGAAGACUUCCGCAAUGAUCCGCAGCUCAGCCUGAUCUCAGCAAUGAUCAAGAAUUUACGGGAACAGGGUGUCACGUUCCCUGCUGUGGGCUCCCAGGCUGCUGAGCAAGCAAAAGCAAGCCCAGCUUUAGUGGCAAAGGAUCCCUCCACAUCAACAAACAAAAAAGAAGAGGAGGAUUUGGCCAAAGCUAUCGAGUUGUCUCUGAAGGAGCAGCGUCAGCAACCGCAGACCUCAAUGUCGAGUCUUUACCCAAACACCUCCACCCUGCUCUCCUCACACAAGUCUGACGGCAGAAAAGUCCGUGCCAUCUACGAUUUUGAGGCUGCAGAGGACAAUGAGCUCACCUUUAAGUCGGGAGAAAUCAUCACUAUCCUGGACGAUAGUGACCCAAACUGGUGGAAAGGGGAAACAUAUCAGGGGGUGGGGCUGUUUCCCUCCAACUUUGUCACUGCUGAUCUCACUGCAGAGCCUGAGAUGAUGAAGACGGAGAAAAAGACAGUACAGUUCAGUGAGGACAUUCAGGUAGAGACCAUAGAGCCCGAACAGGAGCCAGUGUACAUAGACGAGGACAAAAUGGACCAGUUACUGCAAAUGAUUCAAAGUGCGGAUCCAACAGACAACCAGUCUGACAGUGUUGAAUUAUUACAGCUUGAAGGUGCCUGCAAUCAAAUGGGGCCCCUCAUUGAUCAGAAGUUGGAGGAUAUUGACAGGAAGCACUCGGAGCUGUCAGAGCUGAACGUGAAGGUGAUGGAAGCGCUGUCUUUAUAUGCCAAGCUGAUGAAUGAAGAUCCCGUCUAUGCCAUGUAUGCCAAGCUGCAGAGCCAACAGUAUUACAUGCAGCAGCCUGCCAGCGCCGCACAACAGGUCUACCCUGGUCAGCCUGCAUCAGGUUCAUAUGCCAUGAGCAGUGCUGGGGUGCAAGGCUAUACCGUUCCUAUGGAGCAACUUCCUCCUGGAACUCCCCUUCCUGGUCAACCAGUUCCCAGUGACGUUCAUAUGUACAUGGGCCAGCCGCCUGUGUACACUGCAGCUCCAGGCGGCAUGGCACCAGCAGAUGUUCAGUCCUACCAGAAUCCAGCCAGCAACCCUGGCCCAGCACCAUGCACAACUCCCGCAGGCAUGACGCAGACCGCAAACUACAGCGCUGCCUCUGGCAUGAGCAUAGCACCCUCCACAGAUGUCCCACAGGCCCCCUUCUCAGAGAAAGCAUUGUUAUAGGGCCACAGGAGCUCACUGAUAUCCUCACAGGCACAUAUGCACUCUUACAUACAGACACAACCACACACUCACAAAAAAACAGACCUGAUCAAAUAGUUAUAGUUGAAAAUGUGUUUUUAUUGCAUAAGUUGACACCAGAUCAAUUAAAACACAAUUUAAACAGAGUAAACUAACAUUGGCAUGUUUUCUGUUGUAUUCAGCCGAUAUACAGUCAAAGCUGCAGUGCAGAACUUUAAUUUCCUUCCUCUGGCAGUCAGAGUAAUUAAACAAAAAUAUUAUUUGAUUUUCACUGGAAAGCAUUAACCUGUUAUUUGAAGAUUCAUGCUGCUGUCAAAUGACUGCGCAUAUGUCUAGCAGACGUUUGACAUACUACUUUUAUAUGGCGGAGUUUACACUGGACUUCCAUUUAUUUUUUGAAGGAGUUGGAGAGUGUUCAUUGUUGUUGGCUUUCCGUGUUUCUCUUGUUUAUACAAGCAUCAAAUCUCACAAUACGAAACGCUCUACAAGCCUGAUGCCAACUAGAUGCGAGUCUUUAUUCUUCUGUUUUUGUUUGAUUUUGUUGGUUAUGUGAUUUUUGGCUUGCAAACAGUUUCUAGGUGCAGUCCCAUCAUCUUCUGGUGGUAGUAGACACUACAUCCUACCAGGUGCUAGUAAAAUAAGGGAACAAUGUAUUUUAGGAAAAGAAAUAGUUGGAUAAACUUUCUUUUCUUUUUAAACAACUAUUCAGAUAGCCAGAAAGAUCGCAUCUUUCUUUUUUAGAUCUUAGUCUCUCAUCUGACUGGUGAACUCUUUUCUUUUUUUCAUCCAGAGUAUUCAAAGAAAUUAGAAGCGUAAAUCUACUAAGGAUUCAGUUUCUAUCUGCCAUACGUCUAGCCCAACUCCAACUGCAUAGCUCCCAAAGUUUAGCUCUGGCUAUUUCGCCACACAUCUCACAUUUCAAACUUCAAUAAACUGCAAAGUUUAGAGAGUUUUAUCAGGUGCUAAUAGCCUUGACUAUAGCAGACAUUCAUUUUUAUGCAAAGGUCCCACACUCCAGCUUUAAAUACACAGUUCUGCUUCUCUUACCAGUAAAGAAGUGAUCAUGGGGAUUUAUUUAAAGAGCUCACACUACACUGAGUCACAAAGUGGGCACUGUUGUUUUUUUAUUUUUAUUAGUAUUAUUAUUUUUUCCCACAUUUUCACAGAUGUCCUGUCUUUAGCCGAGUCAGAUAUAAAAGUAUGGAGCGGCUUUCGGUUUCCAUCUCUCAAGCCCGAUCACUUCAAAUCUAGAUUUGAUAGCAAUACAUGCAUUCAAAUUUUUUCUUGUCACGUGCAAAACCAUUAUGGCAUUAAUUGCUUUGUAUUUAUUUCAGACUAUUGAACAAUUAUGGCAACACUGAGUUACAAAACAUUAUUUUCCAAUUAGUUCCUAGAAGAAAAACUAAAACUUUGGUGCUAAGAAGUUGUUUUUUAGUGCAUAUGGAGUUAAAUUUGCAUGCAGAAAAGGGUUGUUUUUCAGCAAAACAAAUACUCUUUAAAUAUUAGAUUCUCUCUUCCAAUAUUUAAUGCUGAAGCUUGACUUCAGAAUAUGCCAUUAGUUUUGUUUUUUUUCCUGUAUUAUUAAAUUUAAUAGUUCUUACACAACAACUUAAAAAUAAUAAGAAGAAAUGUCAGUUUCCCACUUCUAGCUAGCUAUUUAAAAAAAUGCAAUUACUAUUUGAUCAAGUGUGAAAUAUAUGCA